CUUCUCCUGUCAUACCGUUAUUGUCAUUCUGUCAAAUACGUUCUGUGAAGUGGUUUGUGGUACCUACGUGCGUCGCGAACUCAACUGUCUUCCUCGAUCGAUGAUAAUGUUUUUGUUGUUAUUAUAGACAAUAAAAACAUCGUUUAGAGCGAUCCGUUAUCAGCAAGGUUAAAGCUAUAGACUAUUGCAACUGCGUGAAAUAAUUGGGCAAUAAGACCGCUCACUGCGAAUUGUUGACGAAAUUCGCAAAAUAGAACCUGUGUGUUGACGAGAGAUGUGAAGAUAAGUGUUGUGUUAAUUUUAGUGAAGUGGACUAAUGUGUAACUCUUGUGCUUCUCGUACUUUCUUUAGGUUCCUUUUUGUUUUGUGAUAAAAUCACCCGAGAUAAGAUGGGUUCCACGGGGUUGACUUUGGCAGAUUUGCCUAAUAUAUUUAUUAUGAUAGGCGCCCUCGUUGCGCUUUUUGUGAUGCUAGUCAUACUUCUGAGGAACAUGGAAGUCAUAGGUAUAGUCGGUGAGGGGAGAGAGGACACGUGGCCAAGGACAAUGCAGCCACCCAGACUCUUGAUGCAGCGAGUUCAUAUACCUUUCACCUUCAAAUUACUAGAAAAUGAACCAAUAGGAUACAAUGGAGUGAGAUGCUGCGUGUCAUCCACAGUGAGGUAUUGGCAUGCGAGCUGGUGGGGAGCGCCCGUCAGAGACUUGCAUCAGACGCUCUGGGGUACCCUACCGGAGAUUCUCGCGUCAAGUAAUUUGAACUUUAGUAGAAGCAGUUCGCAUGGUGAGAAGGAAAUGAAACUAUCAUCAGAGCCAUUGCAGUUGGGCCCUCCGCCCCGAACCUGCUACCCGCUAGUCGUAAUACUGGCGCGCGAUCAGCGAGACACAGCUGAGCUCAGGCCGGAUGAUACGGUAGCCCUAGUGACAGUCGUUCACAUCCGGGACGACCAGUGCCCGCUGCCCAGCGGCAUCAUAGCUCAGUAUUUGAAACAAGCUAAUGGACAUUUGUCCUGUUUAAAGCAACUAUACGUGUCGGGCGAGUCCGGCGACGCGUGCGAGGGCGAGGGCGAGGCGGGCGGCGGGUACGCGCGCGAGGCGCUGUGCUGCGUGUGCGCCGCCGCGCCGCUGUCGCGCGCCCUGCUGCCCUGUCGACAUGCCUGCCUCUGCGCGCGCUGCUUGCCUAAAUUAGACAAGUGCCCAAUAUGUCGGAGCGUGAUCACAAGCUACUUCUGCAUCCGCAACGAGGAGGAACCCCUGUCAGAACUCAAGCAGAAUUUCCCUCUCAACAGACGACUCCUCAAUUUAUUCCACUAUCACUAGCGAAUAGUAAGUACAGUCAACAUAAAAAUGGAUUUGUUACGAAACGUCUAAUCUUCUAAAUUUGGAUAUAAAAUUGUUUAUUAUUACAAUUAAUGCGUCAAUUAAUCUUAACCUCCUGGUCGCAUACGGAUUUCAAUUUAAUGGUUAUUUUAAUUUUCGAUUAAACGACUAAAAUGUUGACCUAGCUAUUACUUGUUUUGUUUUUGAAUAUCUCGAUAUAUCAUAUGAUUAUAAUUUUAUUGAUAUCAGAAAAUUAAGGGCGAGAGGGUACUGGAUUGUUCAAAUUUAAUUUGUUUUCAUUUUGUACGUACUAACUUAUUACGCUGCCCAAAGAUAUGAUAUCUUUUCCUCAAACAGGAUAUAAUCACGUUCCUUUUACGAGCAGAUGUUUUUAUAUUGAAUCAUUUUGUUGUCUAGUUGAGGCAUAGUUUAAAAAUAUCUGUAUUUUUCAAACGGGAUUGUGUUUAAUCUGUGACAGUGAUUUCAUUAUAAAUAUCAAUGUGAAUAAAACAAAAAAAAAGCAAAACUGGUAAAGUACCGAGAAAUUCAGGCUGAGUGAAUCGCUAUUUUAAAUUCACGUCGUUUCGUGUUCGAGUUGAGCAAAAUGUAGACGAUACAAUUGAAAUAAUUGGAAGAUUAGACGUUUAAAUGUACUUUAACUACACCGGAACUUAUGAUUAGUUGUAAUUAAUAUCUGAAAUAACGUAAUUAAAAAUUGUUUGUAAUGAAAAAUGAAAACGGCACAAAGAAUUACGAUUCUGUGAUAGAAAAUUACCUUUUUCAAACAUGGAAAUCGAUUCGGAUAUCCUAAAAAAACUAUUGACAUGAAAAUAAUAUCAAAUGAGACUAAAUCGUCAACGUUGUAGAACAAAGACUGUUCUGGAUAUUGGUUUUUUUUUUCACCUCAACUGAUUAGGCGUUCUUUAGUAUAGUUUGUACAUGUCAAACUGAGAGACGAUUUAAGUAACAGCUGCCAAAUGUCUUAUUCGAAGAUACAUUGUUAAUCAAUCAAACUGAAAUUCCUUUAUUCAAUAUAGAAGCAUUACACUUACUUACUGAUAGACAAAUAAAACACUACCACCGGUUCGGUAAAGAAAAUACCCGAACCCGAGAAGAACCGGCGAAAGAAACUCAGCGGGUCUUUGAUUUGUUAAUUUUAUUAUUUACAUACAUUGAAUAUGAAUAGAAACAGCCAGGAGGCGAUCGUUUCAUUCCCAAGGUGUGCUAUCAAUCAUAAACUCACUAAUUGUACAAUAUAACCUUUCGCACACAAGCGUUCCUUAACAUUUGUUUUAAAUUUGGCAACAGAGGCAGAGUCAGUUGUUACUACAAUAAGCCUAUGUCAAAACUUCAUUGUACUACUUUUGUAAACAAAUAAUCAUUUUCUGGUUGUCAUUAAAUAGUAUGAGAUAAAACUUGAAUACUUUCUAACCCUAGGAUUCUUCUUAAAGUGCCAUCGUAAGUGAGAUUAAAGCUCAUGUUAGGCCAAUUGACAAUCCAUAACGACCCCGGUAUUAUAAACUCAUAUUAUGAAAGACCAACUAUUCGAAGAUCACGUUUCUUUUAAUAGUAAUUUAUCGUGAAAUAUCAUUAAAAAUCUAUGAUUAAAAAUCAAGACUUAAUUUGAUUUUUUUUUUUUUUUAUUCUAUUAAGCUUGGUAGUGUAUUUUCGUUUAUAACUAAACUGCCGAAAUACCAAAAAACAAUGUAUUCUUUUAAAGUUAUAAAGAACUAUGUAUAUUAAUAAAUUACACGAGGACGGCUAUUUAAAAAAUUGUAUUGAUUUGAUUUUUUUUUUACGAUUAAAAAAUUAGUAAUAUUAUCUGUGCAUAUUAUUUAGUGAUGUAUGUAAAAGACAAAUUAUAUUAAGUUAUUAAGAUAUGUUAAAUACGUUUUUUUUUUAAUAUUUUUUAACUGUGUAAUAGCUAGUCUUUAUUUGCUUUUAUUUACUUGAUUUAUAUCUAUGUUUGCUUUCAGUGAAUGGUUAAACUGUUUUAUUUACACAUUUGGCAUUUCAUUUAUAUUAAAAAAAAAAAAACAUGCAAUUGUUCCUAUAAGCUGAUUAGUCUUUGAAAUAGUGUACGUGUAAUUAUUUAGUGUAUAUCUUCAAUAUUAUUUUCGAAACUAAUGUAAUAAAUUAUAUGUUUUCAAUAUUUAUAUAUGAAAUAAAAAUAAGAUGAUUUAAGAGUGUGGGUGCAAUGUAUGCAACUGUGAUAAAUGCUUUGUGAAUUCGCUAAGUUUUGUAUAUAAAUAAAUAAGUAAAUUUUAAGUCUUAACGAAUAAGAUAUAAUUUUUUUUUUGUUCAUUAUAUUGUAGCUUGAUUCAGGCACUAGACGCAAUUACAUAGUUCCAAUUUAAUGUCUAUUAUAAUGAACUUUUCGGCCUUCGUGUUAUCGAUUUGUCUUUAUCAAGGGUCUUCCAAUUAAAGAUUACAUAUAAUACAUCUAUUUUGUGACAUAGAAAAAUAAAACUGUUGAAUUUAAUAUAAGAUACGAUAUUUUUUUAUUACCUGUGUCAGAGUAGUCUUAUCUCAUUUACAAAAUUUAGAUUUUCUUGUUCUAACAUAACCUCAAAAAAAUAUUAAUUGCAAUAAGGUAAGGCUACUUAAAAGAUGAAUGCGAUUUUGUUGAAUAUAUUUUGUUUAUAUAAACGGAUCUCAUCGAUCUCGACUGCAAAAGUCAAAUUCUGGUGAACGAGAGAAAUCCUCGUAAGCAUAAUAUUGAUAAUUACUUUAAUAUUGGCUAAGCCAGUGGUUCUCAAUCUUUCUAUCAAGAGCUCCAUGAAAUUACUUUAAGUGUUCUGCGACAAAUAAAAACUGCUUCAAAUGAUCUAUGUUAUGAACAUUUUUUUAAUUGAUUUUCAUAAAACGAAUUUAUUACACUUUGAAUCAAGUCAAGAACCACUGCGUCAGACAGCCAUUGAACUACAUUUUAAUAUAUAAGCGACAGUCAGCUAAUAUGCCAUUACUCAUAUCAAGGUCAAGGGUUUCGCUUGAUCUUGGACGCUGACAAAAAAAAUAUACACGUGUUAUUGUUACACGUCUCCGUGUAAUGGCCUUCAUUAUUUUCGUGAUUCAACUCAUUAAAUUUGCAAAACCAAAAAAAAUUAUGAUACAUUUAUAAAGUUACUGUUACAGUAUAGUUUCGACGAGCAAAAUGACACAUGUCACGAUACGCCUACGUCACGUACGUCAUGUCAAGUUAAGUUUCCAUAGAGAGAUGUAAAGUCCAUUCCACGAAACGAGCUCCCAAUGAAUAUUGACCUUCGAUAUUUAAAUUGUUUGUUAGGGUUGUAUUACAUGUCGGAUUCCUCUCGCUGAUCUCUAGCCGAGUGCAUCGACCAAUGAGGUCCGAGUAUUUUUCUCCUCUGGGAGUUCGACUCGUGGAAUAGACUAGAUCACUACAUACUAUGUGUCGAUACGUCACAAGUUGUCACAGCAAGCCUUGCCAUUAGCAAGAGGCCUUAAUACGCUUCCUAAUCUGGUAAUUAGUUUUGUAAUUUAACCUAAGUAUUUCAGUACCUAUGUUUCAUGUUUAACUACCGUCCAACCGCCAUUAAACCCAUAUCAUCGAUAGGAUAAAAUAUAUAACUCUACAGAAAUAAUUCAGCGUUCAAAAUGCUUAAUUUUUGUUUUAUUCCAAGGCACUAAAUAGCUAAAUUAAUGUAAAUUGAUUACCGAUCGACCAAAUACUCAAACGACCAAUUCGAAUAGUGCCGCAAAACUAUCGACUAGAAGUUUACUAAUUGUCAUGUAUGUUCCAGUGGCAAUAAAUCUUAGCAUCGAUGAAGAUACUAUCGAUAUCAGAUGAAGCUGGAUAAAUAAAUAGUAUUGAUAAAAUCGAUGUUGUUUAUUUUUAUGUCGAUAAAAUAUCGAUCGAAAUGACUAAAUUCGAAAAUAGAAAUAUAUUUAAUUAGAAGUCGAAUACCCUUUAAUUAAAAAAUAUAUGUAAGAAGGUUUAACUGAACACCAUUUCAAAUUGUAAUAAUAAUUUAACUUUUUUUUAUAAAAAAAAUACUAAAUGUUUUUAAAACGAUAAUAGUCAUUCUGGAGGCUGGAGGACGAGAUGUUUCAUAAAAAUGUAUUUCGUUACUAUAAUUUGUGUUAAAUAUUACGUAGAAGCUAAACUAAAGAAAUAGCAAGUGUAUAUUUUUGUCUAAAAUAUUGUAAAAUUUGUAAAUAAACAAUUGCCAAAGUAAAA